UCUUUGAUGCUUUGAUCUCGUUCCUAUAUAAGUUGUUUUUUCGUUAUGAAAUUGUACACCAAAUGCCAAAGAAGCAGACAAGUGUUGCUGUCGUUGGUGUGCGUCUUCCUUCCUAAAGAUAAGCAGGUGUAUACAUGGUGAUGAUGUGGCAUCUCCUUUGGCCUUCUGUCCUCCUGGGAGUGUUUUUCAACAUUUGCCCAACAUGCCCUCUGGAAAUCCAGAAGCAAAGGAAACACUACUACGUUGCCCGGGGGUCAAGUAUCCAGCUACCCUGUGCGUACACUCACACCGUGGACUCUCAGCAGUACACGGAGGUCUUGUGGAGUAUCGUGUCUGCAGACCGAGACGAGCAGCCCAUCAUUUGGUUUACAGGCGGCCGCUUGUAUUCCGAUUUGUACAAACCAAUGGAGGGGAGGGUCCACUUCAUAUCAGCGGAUCCCCAAAAUGGAGACGCAUCUAUCAACAUCAAAGAUGUACAUCAGUCAGACAUGGAGAAGUACCGCUGUAUGGUGAGGAAGUUACCAGAACAGGACCAGAAGAUGUUAGACCUGACGGUCAUGGAGGCACCAAGUCAGCCUUUGUGCAGUGUGGAUAAAGAAGACAACAGGAUGACGCUCAAAUGCAGCUCUCUGCACGGCACCCCACCUUUGCAUUACAUCUGGUCCAAGACGAGUGGAAAUAAGGUCUUGCCAACACAGGCCAUUGUGGACCCCACAGGAGGCGCCUUGCAUUUCAACAUCACCGAGCGGGAGUGUGGAAGCUAUCGCUGCUCGGUGGAAAGUAUGGUGGGAAGCAAACACUGUGACCUGCACCUGGACUGUUCGCUGCCCCAGGACACCAAUGUGAGCAGUCCACGAUUACUGACAACCACUGCAGUCGCUGCCAUCGUUGUCACUAUCACCACACUCUUCAUUGUCACAGUUGUCCUUACCAUAUUCCUCUACCGCAAACGAAAAGAUAAACCCCAGGACAUUGAAAUAAAAAAAUAAUUAAAUGUUGUUAAAUUGUUAAUGUUCGAUAAGUGAUAUCACAAUUGUUGACAUUGUUUGUUAUGUUAAUAUGUUAUGUUAAAAAUUGAAUAUUAAACAAGUUCUAUGUUAUUUCUAGUGUGUCGGUUGUCUUUUUGAUACACUUGUAAAUGUUGAAAUUGACAGAAAACUGAA